GUGGAAAUGAGAUGUGGACCGUUUGAUCAGGAAGGAUAUUUUGGAGAGAGUAAAUGCUGUGUAGAGCAGUCUUGCGUGCAGGCAUCAUUUCGCACGUUUCCACUGGAACUUUGACCUUCACCAUGAUUAUUUUCCUCCCUUUUUACUGUGGCUAAGUUCUCUCUGGGUUUUCCUUUGCUUCUCAUUGUCGUCGAUCGUGGGUCAUCAUUGCGCGUCUUCCAGUUUGUCAGUGUUUCUCUGUUUAUCGGCCUUUUGGGUUGUCUGCUGACGUCUUCCGACCGUAUUUGUUCUCUGCGCGAUGCCGUAUUUAUGGGAUCCUCUUUGUGGUGUUCGUUCAUCUUUGUUUGUUAUUUGUUUCGCGUUCGCUCUUCCUGUUAUUGCUAUUGUCUUUGGUGGUGCUGAAAUUUGGAUUGGUUCCCGUGGUUCUGUUGGUUUCCUUAUAGGUGUGGGUAUCGUCUUUCUUUGCGUUUUUUGGGAGCUUUGCGUCUGGGUUUCUGUGAUUUUCAGUGAGGAGAAAAAUGGACAAUGAAAAGUACCAUUUUUUGUCAGAUUUAACAAUGGAUGAUAAAGAUUGGAGGAUCAGGGUUCGUAUCAGCAGGGUUUGGAACACCAUAGUCCCCACAGCAAAUGAUCUUUUGUUGAGCCAUGAUUACCUCUUCACUGAUGAGGAGGGAAUGACAAUGCAAGCAACCAUUAAAAAGAACACCGCAUCAGAUUUGCGUGCACAGCUCAUUGAGGGAGAUAUUUACUGCAUUAUGAACUUUGUCGUUGUGCAAAGUAAUAAAAAAUAUCGCAUAUGUGAAUCGGAACAGAUGAUACGCCUUGGAAAGUGGACUAGGGUUCAACAACUUACGUUGGCACAGCAUCUUAUACCUGUUGAUGCCUUCAAAUUCAUAGAACAUGGCCUUCUUAUGGACAGGGUUAAUGAUGAUACAUCAUUGACAGAUUUUAUCGGGAAGUUAGUUUCAGUGACAGAGCUUAGCAAGAUCCCAAUCAAUGGAAGAGUGUCAGAGAAAAAAAAUCUCAUCAUCCAGGAUAAAGAGAUGAAUGAGGUGAAUGUAACAAUCUGGGGUGAUAUAGCGUAUGGACUCGACGAACAAAGAGUUAAAGAAGAAUCAAAGGAAGGAGCUAUUAUUAUGAUUCUAACAUCCAUGACAGUUAGACGAUAUGAAGGAAAACCUUCCCUUUCAAGCACGUCUGCAACAAAGAUAUAUGUCAAUCUUAACAUACCAGAGGUGUUGUUGUUCAGAAACAGUUCUGCUCCACCAUUUGAAGUGAUCAUCCAUCCCUCUUCAAUGCGAGCUUCUUCAUCGCCCGUGAUUCAUAAGGUUACCAUCAAGGAAUUGUUGGCAGUGUACAAUCAUCGUCAGAAACAGGGAGGCAAGUACUCAUGUAAAGCCAAAAUUAAUGGAAUACACACCAAUGAUGGUUGGUGGUACAAUGGCUGUCCCAAAUGCCAGAUUGGCGUGAAUUACAAUGGAUCACAGGUUUGGUGUGAGCAAUGUGGAAUCCUUAGAGAGUCUCCAAUUCCAUGUUACAAGCUCUUCUUUGUUGUUGAGGAUGAAACUGGCAAUACCAUAUUCAGUUUGCUUGGUGAUCAGGCUGAUGCAUUCAUCCAGAUCCCUGCAAAGACAGUUAUAAAUGUGUCCGAUGAGAAGAGUUCACCACCACCUGCCAGUAUCAUGAGAGUCUGUGGAACAGAGCAUAUUUUCCAGGUCAUUUGUGUUAGGCCCUUAUCUGGAAAUAUGCCAUGUUUUAAGAUAUUACAUAUCAUGCGUGGUUCCAAAGAUGACUCUGUCCCAUAUUUUUUUGGAGGUUAUGAACGUGAGGCCGGUAAAUCAAAAGAACAGGAUUUAUCUCUUUCUAUGGGAAAAAUUAAAGAAUCUACGCUAAAAAGACAUCUACCAGUACAGGAGAUCUGUCCAUCAACCCCAAGUCCCUUGAAGAAUAAGGAGAGACAUCUUGGAGAACUGAAAAAGGACAAAUCCAGGUCAAGAUCAAAUAACGCAUGUCCAGAUCCAAUAGAUGAUGACCUUUCUCUUAGUGCAUCACUGAAGAAAAUGAGAUCCAGUACUUCCAGAAACAAAAAGGGCUUUGGAAUUACGCAAGAUCAAGUUGAUACCUGAUGGUAUUCCAUUUAAGAUGAGUGUGUUCAUUUUCCUACCAUGAAUUAAAGAACGGCUCACGCUCAAAAAAUCUUAUAUGGCUUCCUCCUUGAAGAUUUUGUUUGGGAAUGGAUAGAUGAGUGCAAGAUGAUCCAUCGUUUUUGAGGAAACACACCAAAAAAAAUCAUGACAAACUAUAUUUUGACUAAAACAUUAAUUUUGGUAAUAUAUUUUGCUGCUAGAUCGUUUGUCAAUUAUAUUUUGCACAAUUUUGUAUUUACCAUAUUCUUCUGGAUAUGUUAAACUCAGUUUUUGGUGUUCAUGCAUCUUAAAUAAUGAAGAUAUGUGUGACUUUAAAA